CCCACCCAUAUUUUACGGGGAUUAUUUUUAUAACUUAAUUAAUUUAACUAAUUAUAAAAUCUAUACGUGUCAACAACUAAAUGAAUAUUUGAUAUUUUCUAUAUUUAAUCCAAUUCUCUCUCCCGCCUUUUCUCCCUUUAUCAUCCUAACUACUUCUUAACCACCUUCUCUGUCUUUCAACAACCAUCUCUUUCUCCUCUCUUUUCUCUUUAAAAAUAACUAUACUAAUUUAUUUCUCCAUUAUUUUUAUUUUUAUUGUUUUCAUUUAUUUAUUUAUUUGAUGGUUGAUUUAUAAUUUGGUUUUUUUUUCUUGGGAGAGGAAAAAGGGAGAUAAUAUCACAAAAAACAGAAUAGCAUGUAUCACCAUUCUCCCAACAUGGUGGUGCAUUCUGAUCCAAACAUUUCGAGGAUGAGCGCGGACGGGAGCGAGUGUAUGGCUCGACAAAGCAGCUUUUCGACGAUGGGAGGGAACUCGUUCAUCGACGAAGCACCAAGGAUGAGCGCGGAGAUGUCUCCUAUGAUGAUGUCCCCUUGGAAUCAGGUGUCCCCUUUUGCCAAAUCCCCUUGGUCUCAACAAUCUGAUGAUUCCGGCCAGCUUAGCUUGCUUAUCGGAUCGCUUGUCCGAGAAGAAGGCCACAUUUACUCCUUGGCUACCAAGGGGGACUUGUUGUAUACAGGGUCGGAUAGUAAGAAUAUUCGUGUUUGGAAAAAUCUUAAGGAAUUUUCCGGGUUUAAGUCCGCUUCUGGAUUGGUUAAGGCGAUUGUUAUAGCAGGUGGGAAGAUUUUUACGGGUCAUCAAGACGGUAAGAUCCGAGUUUGGAAGGUGUCGCCUAAGAAUCCUAGUAUCCAUAAACGGUCAGGUUCUUUGCCAACAUUGAAGGAUUUGUUUAAGGCGUCUAUUAGGCCAAGCAAUUAUGUUGAGGUGAAGAGGCAUCGUAGUUCGUUAUGGAUCAAGCAUUCCGAUGCUAUAUCGUGUCUUAGCAUGAACGCCGAACAGGGGAUAUUAUACUCGUCUUCUUGGGACAGGACGUUUAAGGUUUGGAGGAUAUCCGACUCCAGGUGCCUGGAGUCGGUAGCUGCCCAUGAGGAUGCGGUGAAUUCGGUUGUCACGAGUUCGGAGGGUAUGGUUUUCACAGGGUCUGCGGAUGGAACAGUGAAGGUAUGGAGGAGAGAAAUGCAGGGGAAGGUUACGAAACAUUUUUUCAUACAGACACUUCUGAAGCAGGAAUGUGCAGUUACUGCCCUCGCCGUAGACCCAACAGGAUCCAUAGUCUACUGUGGUUCAAGCGAUGGGAUGGUCAAUUUCUGGGAAAGGGAGAAGAAUCUUGCACACGGUGGAGUCCUGAGGGGUCACAAGUUGGCUGUUCUGUGCCUGGCUGCUAGAGCUCGGCUCGUGUUUACAGGGUCAGCUGAUAAGACAAUCUGUGUGUGGCGCAGGGAAGGAACAAUUCAUACCUGCCUGUCUGUCUUAACCGGCCACAACGGACCUGUUAAAUGCUUGGCUGUAGAGGAUGACGAGGAGGCUAAAGGUCAACGGUAUAUUGUAUACAGUGGAAGUCUUGACAAGUCUGUGAAGGUAUGGAAUGUGGCAGAUCAGGAGGGAAUGCAUUUGAUGCAGCAGCAGCAGGUGAUGGAGGUUAAUUCUGCAUCUGAAUCAUUGAGGUCUGACUGUAGCUACCAGUGACUGCGCGCAUUCACCUGAUCAUUCAUCACCGCCUGUUAUUUCACCAUGGUGAAGUCAGUCAUUGGAAAGCCUGUCACAUAUCUAGCAGCGUGUCUGACAAUUUGUAAUUUAUUUUUGGAGGUUUGCCUGAGAAAAUGUAUGUAUGAGGUAGAAGGGUAAACGAAAGAAAUUAUGAUUAUGGAGAUAUGGUUUUCGUGUACUUGGAAUUUAUCAUUCUGAUAGAUAAUUGUAAUAUGAUUAUAUUGCUCUAAAUUGUACUGUAUGUCCUUUAAAAAUGUCAAAUGCCUUGUUAGUAAUGUAGUUAUGAUGAUAAUUUUGUUUCACUUUUUUAAAAUUUUUUUUGGGUCUAUAAAGAACCUCAAUGGUAUAAGUUAGAUAAGAUUUGAUAUCACGUUAAGGUAUUAACUCAAGACCUCUAACCAACUAAACUAGUUGUCCGCUAAAUCGGUUGCUCAAAAUAAACUCCAGAAAAUCGAACAUUUACGUACCCAAAUCAUGACUCUUUAGGUAGUAUGAUGAUUGAUAUC